AUGCGUUUAUCCAUCCUUUCUGGGCUGGUGGCUGGCCUCACGGCAGCUCACAGUAUCCAGGAGAGGGCUGCGUCGAAGACAGUCUUGUCCCAUUAUAUGCUGGGUGACAUCACCGAAGAACAUGCUCACAAGGAUAUUGACGAUGCCAUUGCGAUGGGUCUUGACGGAUUUGUCCUCAACGUGGGAUAUCCUAAACUGGAUUGGGUAUCGAACACUCUUAGCCAUCUGUACGGCUACGCCGACUACUUGGCUGGUCAAGGAAGCAAGUUCAGACUGGCCCUUUCUCUGGAUCUUUACGCAACCGGCGCUUGGUGCUACGACAAGUCUCUUGGUUCCGACUGCGGAAGUCCUAAGGAAUACAAAGACAUUCUGAAAAGCUUUCUCGGGCGGGAUUCAUACUUUCGUUAUGGCCCAAACAACUUUCCAUUUAUCACCAGCUUCAGCACUGGCAAUCAAACUGACAAGCAAUUCGCCGCGUGGAAGAAAGACUUCGCCAACCAGAUGUAUUUUAUGCCUGGUAUUGACGACACUCCUGGCUUCUGGGAGAGCCAUCCCGCCUGGUGGGAUUAUUGGGGUGAUCUUAUCGACGGAGCUAGUGCUUGGGAGUCCGCUUGGCCCCAAGUGCACGGUACUAAUGAGGGCGACAUGUCCAGAGAUAUCAAGGUCAUGGGACCAUUGCAGAAGAAAGGCAAAGGCUACAUGAUUCCUAUCAGCAUGCUUCAGUAUAAGAAUGCGAUUCAGUACGGAGCCAAUCUAUACCGCCGUGGUGAGAUGAACAUGGUCAAGCGGAUGCAAAAUAUCCUCACCAUGGACCCUCAGCCUGACAUUGUUCAACUUCUGACAUGGAAUGACGGACCAGAAAGCCAUCACUUUGGCAACUUGUGGCCCGAACAAAACACCGAUGCACAACCCAAUCAAUACGCCAGUCCCGAGGGUUCCGACCACACUGCCCUCCAGUCUCUGUACUCUGCCUUCAUUCAUGCUUGGAAGAACGGUGGAUCAAUGAUCCCUGCCUUUUCCAAGAGAGACGAAUCUCUGCCACAGGGAGCUUUAUGGCACAAGAGCAUUUUCCAAGAUACAACAUGUCCUGGAGGAGACUCGAAUGUCAAAUACUUCCAAGCACCAAACGGUACCGAUGCCGGCCAAGAUGCUUUGCAUUGGGCCCUAGUUGUUCCAGCUAACGCGGCUGGCUGGACGGUCGACGUUGUAAGCAAUGGCAAGAGCAUUAGCUCCAAGGUUCUAGAGACGGGCCUCAACUAUGGCACUGUCGAGGAUGGUAUUGAAGAGGGCACUCAGAGACUCGUUAUCCAGAAUGGCAACACCAUUGUUGCUGGAACAGAUCGUGGAAGAUGUUUAGCCCAAGCUUGCCACGAUGGCAUCUACAACUUCAAUCCUCAAGUCAUGCCGGUCAAAGGGGACUACGACAAUACGGACUGCUGGCAGGUAGAAGGCGAACCCUUCUUGGACUGGGCAAAGGGAGAAGUGUUGGGCGUUUCACUGGGCCCCCGAGAUGCCAGUGCCGACCCUGGCCAUGGCCAUGACCAUGACUCAAUUUACCACAACCCUUUCGAGGAAUACAUCAACUGCGACUAUUCUCAGAAGAAGGCCAUUCGUCAGUCAUGGCUAGACAUAGUCACGAUCCUGAAGAGAAUGCCUCCGUUCGAUUCAGACGGACUGCUAGAGACGAGAAAUUUCGGAGCCGACAUGCCGGACAGGAAGGACGAUGAAGCAUUCAUUAGAAAUGUGUUCACGAACCUCAAGAGAUUGUAUUUGUAUCCCUCGGAAAGGGAUAAGAGAAAUAUUCGCAUAUCCUGCAUGAAGGAUAUUCCACGUUACAACGGGGAUUUUAAUCAGACAUGCGGAGAUUUGAAGUUGCAAAAUGGCAAAACGCAGAAGAUUGGCGGCUAUGCCUUUGACGAUGCAACAAGUUCCCCAGGCGGCACCAUUGUUCUAUGCGACAUCUACUUCCUACCAGGACAGGAGCACCUAGCGGCUGUCCAAGAACAGCUUGACAGGGACAAGACGCUACGGAAGUCUUCGAUUGACAUGAAUGGUAAAUACCGGUUGUUGCUCCAUGAGAUGGUUCAUCUCCCAUCUAUAUCCACUGGACUCAUCGGAUCGGGAAAAAGUAGGCAGUAUUGCGAAUAA